AUGGCGCCCUUCUCCGUCCUCCGCUCGUCUCCGGUGGUGGCCGCCGCCGCCGCGGCGCCAUCGUUCAGCGGCAUGUCCAGCCACGCAUCUGCACUGCGCGUCACCUCCAGCAAGAGCCGCGUCGCCUGCAGGGCCGCCAGCAGGUCGCUGUCCAUCAGGUGCGAGCAGAGUGCGAGGCAGGGCAGCGGCGGCGGCGGCGGACCGGACGUAUGGCUGGGCCGCGCGGCCAUGGUUGGCUUCGCCUCCGCGAUCGCCGUCGAGGUGGCCACCGGCAAAGGCUUCCUCCAGAACUUGGGCGUGGCUUCUCCGGCGCCGACGCUGGCGCUCGUCGUGUCGGGGCUCGUCGUCGGCCUCGCCGUCUUCUUCCUUCUCCAGUCAGGAGGCUCGCAAGACUGA